AGUAAUAACGCUUCUUGACGCGAGUUCAACCAUCCGCAUGUUUCAGUAUAGGCCUAAGUCAUACCUUGUAAUCUCCGUCAACUCCCAUUGUGCGACACAAGCGUCGUGGUGUUUGGAGCAAACCUACUCGUCUGAAGUUUUGGUAUACCCUUCCGUAGGACAAGACGGCUUAUGAUCUGCCCAGGCAAGAUCACUUAAGGUAUUAUAAAGAACGGGAGUCCCGAUGCCCCCUCAUCCAAGCUGUUUCGGCCUCUAUAUCCGGCCAUACCACGUCCCCUCCAAGUCACUCGUUCAUAAUGGCCAUAUACUGGCUUCUGUCACUCGUUUGCCUACUGACACCCCUUACAUCCGCCGCACAGGGCUAUUCAGGCGGUGGUCUUAUGGACGAAACCGUUACCAAGAGCGUCACUGAGACUGUCACGAAAUAUCUAUCUCAAUGCGGUACAUUGGAAACUCCGUCUCAUACUCCAGAUAUAACGCUAUCCGGCACCACCACGCGUACGAGUACCCUCCAAGCGACUAUCUCUAUCACGAUAAUAGCCAACGUGACCAACUUCUCGGGAGCUGCUCCCAUCGGUUUUACCCUCUCCCAGUCGGACAUCACGCUUCGUACUCCUAAUAUCACACCCACGGCUCUUACGACGGAAAGUAUUAGUUACCCCGUGUCCAAUUACUCUUCAACUCAUGCCAACACCACGAAGAUACCUUGCUCGACUCCGACUGUCUUAGUCCCAGUUCCUCUGGGUUCAUCUUCUCAUUCUACCCCAUGUACCACAUCUUUCCGCAGCACGUCUUCUACGUCAGCACCGACUACAUCACCAACCCAGAUACCAGUUAGUGAAUCGGCUAAACUCAGGGGAGUCGCAGUUACGCGGAAGUUCCUAGGGGUAUUGACUAUAGUCUCCGUACUAAUUACGGGCUUUCUAUGAAAGAAGCCAUGUUGUAAUGAGAGAUGGAUAGGGUUGACUCACUAAAUUCUCGAUGCUUACGGAGCCCUAGGCAUGCUCAUGAACUUGUGCCUAGGUUCUCUAAGGCAAUAUCUAUGUAAUGACAGCAGGCCUGAUGCUGGCCACAUGGGCUAAUUAAACAUUGGUUUCGUUAGUAAAUCUUUUCUAAGUAGUUCUAGUAAUAGAGGUACAAUUUCGAUGGUUUUCUGGAAAUAAAGAA